CGCUGGGCCCCAGAGCCCCAGAUUGCUCCUCAGAGCCUCCAGCCAGCCCCUGAGCUCCAAACUCCAGCUGCACUUCUGCUCAGCGCCAUGGCCCCAGGCACCUGCCCACUCCUCCGUACCGCGAUGUUGCUGCUGCUCCUGCUGCUGGCCACCAACCAACAGGCUACAGGGGCGAUUGUAGGCAGUGAGCUGCGAUGCCAGUGCCUGAAGACCCUACAAAGGAUUGAUUUCAAGACUAUCCAGAGCUUGACCGUGACACCCCCGGGCCCCCACUGCACCAAGACAGAAGUCAUAGCAACUCUCAAGAAUGGUCAAGAAGUUUGUCUCAAUCCUGAAGCCCCGUUGGUUCAGAAGAUCAUCCAGAAGAUCCUGAACAAGUGAGUUGUGGUUACACUUGCCUGGAGCCUUGGUCAGAGUACUGGCAUCUGAUUCCUGAAAAUUGUAGC